CUCUCUGCCACCGCAGGACGACAGCGAUGACCACGCAAACUACUACUCACACGACCACCACAUGUGUAUUCAAAGAUUGCACCCAGCCGGUACAUUCAAGCUUCCCCAGCAGUAGUCUGUCGAAAUGCCUGUUUCACCGCAACCGGUCGCGAUGUGAAGCGCCUGAUUGCUCCAACCAGGCGUACGCCCGCAACCGCUGCGUCCGCCACGGCGCCAAGCAAACGUGCGUCGCCGACGGCUGUACCCAGAACCGCCGCCUCGGUCUCUUUUGCUCGAAGCAUGCGGACGCGGACAGCAAGAAACGAUGCAGCGUCACAGGGUGCGACAAACUUCCGCACGCCCGGGGGCUCUGCGUUCGCCACGGAGGUGGCCGGCUUUGCAAAGCCCCCGACUGCACAUCCCACGCACGCAUAGGUCUGCUGUGCGCCCGCCAUUUUCAUGGUCUCACUUCGCCUUCCACGUCGCCGCGACAGGUAGUGGCUGUCGCGCCGUUAAACAUCGUCACCUCCCCCCCCUUCAUCCGUACUUCCCCGACAUAUCGAGCUGCUGCCACGUCUGUACCGAUGUUGAUCGACCUUGCUGCCACCAUGGGCAUGCCCGACACACUGGACUGGGCUAUUCUAUCGGACCUUGUCGCAGACAGCACUGCUACGGAUACUCACGCGGACAAAGCAGCAGCCAUCGAAGAAACCACCCACUCCAAGUGCUGGAGCAUUCACUGCCAACAAGAACAACCCCAUAACAAGUACGCUGACGACCUCGAGAUCUGGGACGCGUUGUUUUACGUCAUGUAGUGGGUAGCUUCAAUAUUUAACGCGGAUAUAUACAUACAGUA